AUGGGCCAGGGGGACAGCGAGAGCUCUGAUGGCUCCGGACUGGAGGAUAGAAAGAGGGAGAGACGUCUGAUUCGGAAGAUCGAUCUGCAUAUCGUACCCUUCGUUGUUCUGCUCUAUCUGUUUAGCUUCCUAGACAGAGUGAACAUCGGUAACGCUCGCUUGUACGGAAUGGAAGAAGACCUGGACCUGGUUGGCGAUCAAUACCAGGUUGCCGUGUCCAUUUUGUUUGUGACCUACUGCAUCUUCGAAGUCCCGUCGAAUCUGGUGAUCAAGAAACUCAAGCCGUCGCGUUACAUUGCCUCCAUCUCAGUCAUAUGGGGCAUCAUAGCCACCCUUACAGGGAUUACGCAAAACUACGGCGGCCUCAUUGCCUGUCGCAUCAUCCUAGGCGUUGUAGAGGCUGGUCUCUUCCCCGGCCUAGUCACAUACCUGACUCUUUUCUACAGCAAGCGCGAGAUCGCGCUCCGCACGGGCUAUCUCUUCAGCAGCGCCGCCAUCGCCGGCGCAUUCGGGGGUCUUCUAGCCUACGGCAUCGGGUUCAUGGACGGCAUCGCGGGCUUACGGGGCUGGAGAUGGAUCAUGAUCCUAGAGGGGAUCCCCACCGUGAUCAUCGGCAUAGUAACGUGGUUCUUCCUCGCGGAUGAGCCCGACACGGCGUAUUAUCUCAACGACGAGGAGCGGGCGUUGGUCGUGCGCCUCCGCCGACGCGACGUGGGCCAAACCGCGUCCGCGCAGAAAUUCCACUGGGCGGACGUCAAAGAAGGGGCUUUGGACUGGCGAAUCUACGUCUUCUGCAUCGGCCAGUUUGGCGUCGACACCAUGCUUUACGGAUACAGCACGUUCCUACCCACCAUCAUCAAGGGCAUGGGAAAGUGGACCACCCCCGAAGUCCAGGCCCUGACGAUCCCCUGCUAUGCGGUGGGCGCGAUAGCGUAUCUGGUCACCGCGUGGGCGAGUGAUCGCAUCCAGCGCCGCGGUAUAUUCAUCUGUAUCUUUGCGGUGAUAUCCGUGGUCGGAUAUGGGAUCCUGAUCUCGGAUUCGUCGUCCGGGGUGCAUUAUUUCGGGGCCUUGCUUAUUGCUCUGGGUCUAUAUGUCACUGUUGGAUUGCCGCUCGCGUGGCUACCCACCACGCUCCCUCGUUAUGGGAAGCGCACGUUUGCGACGGGCUUGCAGCUGACUUUUGGCAAUAUCAGUGGCGUCAUGUCUCCGUUCCUGUAUAAGACUGACGAGGCGCCGCGCUAUGUUCGGGGAAAUGCGGUGACUCUCUCGCUGGUGGGGUUUGCGGGGUCCAUCUAUGGUCUAAUGUGGUGGUACUAUCAUAUGAAGAACAAGCGCAGAGAGCAGGGUCUUGAGGAUGACAAGGUGGCGGGCUUGACGGAGGAGGAGAUUGAAGAGAUGGGAGACAGGAGCCCUCGCUUUAGCCCUAUCCCAUCGCCCAUCAGCGAUGACGGUUGGAACCUCCACCACCACCUCGGCGGAUACGGGCCCUGGGUGGAAAAGCCCGACGGGGUAGAUGAAGCGCAGAAAUUCGACCAGGAUGGAUGCAUGAUUGAUCAAUUGCAUAUGAUGGCACGCCACGCGGCGCGAUAUCCGACCAAAUCUGCUGGACGCCGCCACCUCGCUCUGCUAAGUCGGAUCAAAGAAACAGGCGUCUCAUUGAACGGCUCGCUCUCUUUCCUGAACAACUGGACCUACAUCACCGACGAUCCCGCGAGCGACUUCGAGCAACUAACCACCACCGGUCCCUACAACGGUAUAUCCAAAGCCUUCAGCACCGGAAUGCUCUUCGCCGCCCGCUACGGACACCUCAUCCCGGAGGAAUCCAGCAUCAGAUUCUGGGCCAGCGAUUCCCAGCGCGUCAUCAACACCGCCGAGCACUUCGCCUCGGGAUACUUCGGGUUCGGCUGGAAGACGAGCGGGGACUUCCAUCUGGAAGUCAUCCCGGAGACGUUCGAUCGUCGCGCUGAUACGCUUACCCCGGGGGAUAGCUGCCUGAGAUAUAUCGAGGAUGCGGAUCACGGCCACGACGCCGGAAGCCAGAUGCUCGAGCUGUUCCAGCAGACGUAUAUCCCUGUCAUUGCGGAGCGCUUGGUCACAGCGCAGGAUAAUCUCGCCCUCGGGUCACUGACCAACUGGGAAGUCUUCAGCAUGCAGGAAAUGUGCGGGUUUGAAAUCACGACUCGCGGGUGGAGUCCAUGGUGCGAUGUCUUCACGCGGGAGGACUGGGAGAAUUUCGAAUAUGCGCGUGAUUUGGUCCAUUAUUAUCGUGGGGGCCCGGGGAAUCCAUACGCGGGUGCUAUGGGGUGGCUGUGGUUGAAUGCUACGGCGGAGCUCUUGCGAGCCGGUCCUGAUGCGGGGACUUUGUUCUUCAGCUUUGUCCAUGAUGGGGAUAUAGCUCCCUUCUUGACCGCAUUGGAUAUCCUGCGAGACUCGAAGUAUGACCCCUCUCUCCCCGUCACUCAUGUGGCUAAGGACCGCGUUUGGCGUACGUCGACGGUGUUGCCCAUGGGCGCGCGAGUCAACCUGGAACGGAUGACCUGUUCGUCAGAAUGUGGCGGUGACCCGGACAGCGAGGGGACGUAUAUUCGGGUCAACAUCAAUGAUAAGAUCGUGCCACUGCCGUAUUGUAAGUCUGGACCGGGCUUGUCAUGUCCACUGGCGGAGUUUCUUGGUCAUGUGGAGAGAAGAAGGGGGGAAGUGGGAGAGUUCAAGGAGGACGAAUCUCGCAACCCGCGACGAGCCCCCGAAGAAACAGGCCCAUUCGGCAAGCGCCGCAACGCACGAUACGAACAAGCCCGCUCGCGCACGCGAACCGGAACGCCCGCGACGAAGCGCGAGAACCCAAACGUGGCGGAAUUCGGCCGUCUAUUCGCACAACAACAAGAAGACGAGAAAGCGCGGAGCAACACGCUGCCGAAGUCCUCGUCGUCGUCGAACCUCGACGCGGUCCGCAAGCAACAGGCCACGGAGAAGGUGGCGACGGAAUGCAUCCUGUACGGCUACAAGAACAAAGACUCGGAGUGGAAGGUGCUCGACAAGUACGAGCGCAUCUCGAAGGGCGUGAUCUGUGAGGAUUAUCCGCGGACGGACCCGCUCGCGCUGGGCGGGGGACAAUCGCAGCUGCUCAGCGGUGGGGAUGUGGUCAUCCAUGCGAAUCUGUCGGCGGAUGCGAACCGCAAGUCGAAGCGCUAUGCCGGCGGGUUUCAUUGGAUCAAGGUUACGUUUGAUUCGACCACCGCCGCAGAUCGCGCCUGCUUUUACUCCCCACAGGAUAUCGAUGGCCAUGUCGUCUUUUGUGAGCUGUAUCAUGGCCAGGGCCCCGCGGAGGAUGUGCCCAUCCUGCACGGCUCCGCUGAGGCCGCGCGCUUGCGCGCAAAGGCCUCCAGGACCUUGACUACCUCCCAUUCGACCAAUUUCUUGCAAUCCCAGGAUAAGGACCGGCAUACGUUGCCGCGGUCGUUCGCGAUGAAUAACCUCGCGACCGUCGCCGAUGUCGAUGAGGGCGCCACCCCGGAGUCGACCCUCACCGCCAGCUCCGCUACCAUGGCUGCUGCUGCGAGUGCCUCCGGCGUCGACCAACCCGGUGGUGGUGGUGGUGUCGUGCAGCAGCGCAAUGUGAGCAAUAGCAGCAGUAGCACCCAGCCCAGGCCCGAAUCCGAGUUCAUGACGCAUAUCCCGACGGUGCGGCGGACGAAAUUGCGCCCCAUGACAGAAGCCCUGCCCCCCCAGCCGACGGUCACGGAGCGGGUGCUGCGCUCGAUCCCCAUCCUCAGCUGGUUCACGGGCGAUAUUGUGGGCGAUGGGCCGCAGCUUCGUGAGGACGGGGCCUUUGACUACGACAAGUCCAACACGUAUUGGCGGUUCUGGUACAUGGUGGAUAUGAUCAUUGGGACUGAUAUCUGCGGGCUGAAGGAGGAGUCAUGA